AUUGAUUUAUUUUUUAAUACCACAUAACAGUGGAUUUUUGCUGCUACAGAUUUUUUUUGUACUUUGAAGAGUCGCUAGUUCUAAUUUUCAUAACUUAUCUAAUAGUUCAAAAUUUAUCGGAAGUGAUAUUAUUUUCCACUCAGGAAAAUACUCCAACGGUAACCGUGUGCAGUAGUCCAUAACACGAACAAACUAUGGCUAACGACGGUGUCAACUUGUACGAUUUGCGGCUCAAACUUUUCGGCCCAACGUUGGACGAUUCCGUCCUCUACGGGAUUGAUCGCAUGAUUGACUAUUUUGUGAGCCAAAAAGAAAACAAAGCACCCGAGCGAAAAGAAAGCUUCUAUCGGUCUUGUGAAGCGUUACCGGUGCUCGAAGAAAUGGCGCCGAUCGGCCAACACUUGCCACCGAAGCUUUCCGCCGACGAGAUGGAUAUUAUCAUCGACGCAAUUGUUCAGUCUCGCCGAAACAGUCAAAAGUCCGCGCGAAAAGUGAGAACCACCCCGAGCCGGCAGACCGGACCAUUCCCUCGGCUCCGUCAAACUCGGUGGGCCAUCGCGCGUAUCAACGAGUUUGAUGAUGGUGGCAAAACGUACGAAAUCAUGAAGCCACUAGACGGGACAGCCCUUCUACCGACGGUGUCGCAGGAUACGGAAAUUGUUUUCGCCGUGCUGCAGAACGGGAACACACUCUCGUACCGGAUCCAGCAGCAGCAGCAGCAGCAGCAGCAGCAGCUAAAUCCACCGGCCGAAGCUCACUGAUACCGCUGAUUCUCAAUUUAAGAUUUUUGCGCUGGGCGACGGAUGGAAGCGACGAGAAAUGGAAAAUCAGGCCGUUCCUCACGAUCAAGUCGUCCCACAGCAAAUGGGAUGAACAUGAUAACAACAUUCAAAAGUCAGUCGUGCGCAAUAGACAAGCAGACAGCGAAAUGGCGAGUCGGGCGAAGCGAGUCCUGUCCGUUCCACUGUUGUCCAACACUUACUACUUACUGCCGUAAGGAUACUCGAAGAAAAACGCAAGCAAAAUCCAAAAUUUAAUCUUUCAAAGUGAUAACCUACCCUACGCGAGGCAUCAAGUCUUGGCUACAAGUUUCGGUGCGCUGUGCAGCACAAUUUUAUGGUUCAUAAAGCAAGCAGCUCCAGUGCAUUUCUACACGUUUCGCAGACAUGAAGAUGUCUGAUGUGUGAUAUUUACUUGACGCUGGAUGCAGUCAGAUGCCAUUCACUUGAUAGACAUAUUGACAGCAAAAAAACGGGCGCCCGGAGACGAAACUCUGGGACUCAAUUCAGUCUAUUCCAUUCGACAGAUGGUUCCCAAUUGAUAGGACUUUGCAUGCUCAGCAAUAUUAAGGAUAAAUAUGUCUACCAUUAGAAUGCAGUUUAGUGUUGAGAUGUCUGGAUAUAAUUCUGCAUAUCAUAAGCACCUGAGGUCUAGCAGUCUUCAAAGUAGAAGGAAAGUCUUCGUGAGCUAGUUCACAGAGAAUCCGCGUGAAUUCCUAGCAUAGAAUCCACUCAAACUGAGCUCUCUCGAGUUGACACUUGAAGUCACACACACUAUUGUGUUUCAGUUCGUAGAAUUAUGAUAAUCAAUUCUUAGACAUGUGAAACCAUUUAACUGCUUCCUAUCAUGCUACUCGGAAAAUCAAACUACAAAAAUUAAUAUAUCGUUCCAGUGAAUGGCUA